CGUGCUAGCCGAACAAUAUUGCACGUAUAACAGGAUGGGUAUGAACGUGAGUCGUCAGGUGGACCUAACAGAAAACGAAUAUCUGCAGCGGUUCGUCGGCAAAACGCACGUCCCUGCUUACGAUGAUGAUUUUUGGAACAACUUCCUGCAAUACCACAUCAAUCUACCGACAAACAGCCAGGAACAGUUGAGUCUCGAUUCGCGUCUGGAAUCGCUAUGCCAGAGCUUUAUCAGUCACAAUCUACACACCGGCAACUUUGGUUCGUUGAUAAACGUAUUUCUGCUGAAGGUUUCUGAGCUGCUUACACUCUCCGAUACGGAAAGUAACGUUCACAUAUGGCACGCCUUUAAUGCACUGUUCAUCAUCCGUUGCUUGGUGAAGUACAUGAUCGAAACGGGUUCGGAGUAUCAGCUAUUGCAGCACUUUGAAGCAUUGCCUGUCCAAGCGUCAGAUAUUGAUUCAACAUCGAACGAAGCAAAUGCGGCCGGUACGAGUACGGCUAUUCCCAUAGACGUUCGUGCGAUAGAAGAAACGAAAUCAGCCGUUGCAAAGCUGGUCGAUGGCACAAAAUUCGAAACGUUUCUUGAGGCACUGGUUAACAUUAUUGUGGUGAUACCGGUGAAAGAAUUCACAUAUCACCUUCAUCUGGAGGCGGUUAAUUGUAUGAUAAUUUUGCUCUCGGUGAGCCUUUUUUCGCAGCAAACGAUGGAGAAAUCCACCAUCUACCGAACGAUCUACCGUUGCCAGCAUGCGAACACGUUGAUGAGUGCGCUGUUGCAUUUUCUUAGCCGCAUGAGCCAAGCUCCGCAGACAAUGUUCGGCUUUGGGACGGGCGGUUCGUUUGUGUUCGGCAUCGCCGAAUCGCUUUGGUCCAUAUUAACGUUUGCCCGUAAGCAGCCGGACAUACUGACCGCACAUGAUCUUCCGACAGCCUUCCGGGAGCACUACCCGUUGGCCAAUCAAAGCUUGCUGUUAAUUUUGAUCCUUACCAACCACCACGCGACUAAAGAUAAUCCGUAUCGGAUUAGUCUGUUUGGAUGUUCGGAUUCACAAGAUUCGCCGAAAGAGGAUCCGGCAACGUUCAAGAUAGACUUUUCCUCCCUGUACAACACCCUGUGCCGAAUAGUGACUAUUGAUCAGGCAACCUUACUGCUCUAUCUGCUGCUCUAUCGAAACCAAAGAUUCCAGAAGUAUGUAAUGGCACAACAGAACCUACAGCAGCUUGUUAUUCCGAUCCUGCAAACCCUUUACAAUGCACCGGAUAGUACUUCACAUCACAUUUAUAUGUCGCUAAUAGUUUUGCUAAUUCUUAGCGAAGAUGACAACUUUAACAAGAGCGUUCAUCAGAUUAUGUUGAAAAAUAUUACCUGGUACACGGAGCGUUCGAUCAGCGAGAUUUCGCUCGGUGGAUUACUGAUAUUGGUUGUCAUCAGGACGAUUCAGUACAACAUGUUGAAGAUGAGGGAUAAGUACUUGCAUACAAAUUGUCUCGCCGCGUUGGCCAACAUGUCCGGUCAGUUCCAAUCGCUCCACCCGUACGUAGCGCAGCGAUUGGUGAGUUUGUUCGAAACCUUAGCAAAGAAACAUGCCCGAUUAGACCAGCAGCUCAAACAACCGAAUGGUCCCAACGGUGAUCCGGACGUGUCCAUACCGAUUGGUGGUGGGUUAACGUCUGAAGAUAUGUUGCAGGAUUUGUCCGUGUUGGAGGAAGUGCUACGUAUGGUGCUGGAAAUUUUAAAUUCCUGCCUGUCGCAUCAAUUAGUGUACUGUCCUAACUUGGUAUACACUUUGCUAUACAAACGCAACGUCUUCGAGGCCUUCCGAAGUCAUUCGGCAUUUCAGGAUAUCAUACAGAAUAUAGACAUGGUGGUUGGAUUCUUCUCCUCCCGACUGCAACGAGUUCAAGAGCAGCGCGGUGAGCUUGGUGUUACUGAAGUGCUUGAAGUGAUCUCGAAGGGAGCGAGCCAGUGGUCGAGUGAUCGCUUACGGAAAUUUCCUGACCUUAAAUUCAAAUACGUCGAGGAGGAUGCGCCGGAAGAAUUCUUCAUCCCUUACGUCUGGACGCUCGUAUGCAAGGCAGGCUGUGUACACUUUAGUUCCGAAACGAUAAAGGGCGUCAGUGCCGAGAUCGUUUGUUAACAUUACCGUUUGUUGUUCCCAACCCUGUCAAUCGUUUUCCGGUAGUUUCAACCAUUCGCUUCUUCCCUGCGAUCUAACCUCUUCGGCACAACAUUACUAGCAGUUUAGCGUAACAAGAGACAAUAUGGAGGAAGGGGCAUUGUGUUAGAAUAUUAUUUUUUGUGUACUAGUUUAUCUUUACUUAAUUUAUGCAACGCUUUACUGGGCAUUUUGUAAUAUGUUUUUUAUCAGACUUUUUUGGUAUUGUACAGUAAAGCAACAUAUGUUUUGUAAAACCUUUCGAUGUAUGCAUUCCCAUUGAAGAUGCUAUAUUUUUGUAUGUUGUAAUUUGUUUCAAGGAAUUCAUUCUCUUGCGUACAUUUGCGUGUUUGCUUUUCGCUUCUGUUGUGUAUUAAUCGAUCAUACUUUAUCUCAAUGAGUGUAGCUAGCGAUCUAACACCAGUUAGUAGCAAAUUUAUCCAAUCAGUCCACAAAUGUAGCAACCGAUUUGGCUGCAAUAUAAAGCUGCUGAAUGAUAUUGGUGGAAGACUUAAAAGCGAUUAGCUACGAAAACCAGGCAAUAAUAACAGUAAGCGAGCGAGUGUGGGUAAAAACGCUCACUGAACGGUUCUAAAGCAUGUGGCUCCUAACGAAAGGGUGUGAAAAAUGAUACACUGUGCGUGAUACUACACGGGAUGCCGGUUGACCAUUUGAUGCGGUUAGUGGAACGGGGAACGAAUACCAUUAGGGAAGUUAUACAAUGGCAAACAAUUGCUCUAGUGUAGUUUAUUGAUUUUAAUUCAUCCGUACGUAAGCGUAUGAAUAAACGAUGGCAUAGUCGUAUUAGCAAUGACCAAAACAUUGUACUGGAAAGGCAUAAAAAGGGGGACAAGCUAGCAAUUGCCGUCAGGAUUUAAAUCAUGCGGUAUGUGUACCCCGUACCUAGGAAACGAUAAAAAUGGCUUGAUGAUGAUGAUGAUGAUGCAAAAUGAAAGUUAAACGUUAUAAAUUUACAAACCACAAAUGAUAAACUAUUAACCACAAACGAGCCAAGCGAAUAAGCUUUGCGGUAUACUAAGCGCUGUUGUAUGAGUGGAAUUUUCUUUCUAUCGAUUAAACAUGAUGACCGUUGACGGGAGUCCAUGCAAGUAAUCAGUAAAGAGAAUACAUCCAUUAUAUAAAAAAACAACCCAGAU